CCGAAUGUAAAAUUUUCGCCAAAGGCGGAGUAACACCGAACUGGCCGAACUUUCUGCCGCCGCACGGGUUGCUGUGCUUCUUCUUAGCUGUUGUUCGGUUUGUUUUCGUUGUGUCGUUUGAAGAUAUCCUCGUUUUUUUACGACAGACGCGGCUCCGCGCUCUCCGAGUCUCCGUCGGUCAAACUUUGUUGGUCCAUCCGAACAUGAGGCUGCCGUGUCGGGCAGAGAUUGGAGCUCCUGCAGCUUACGACUGAAGAUGAAGUGGACCGUGGGAAUCGUGUUGUUUGUGCUGCGGAGUGUGGAGGUGUUCUGCGGCUUCGUCUCAGAUGCGGCGUUUACCAAGCAGCCGUCCAAUCAAACGCUGUCUCAGGGGAAGUCAGCUCGGCUCAGCUGUGCAGUUCAGGGUCUAACUGAACCGGACAUCGUGUGGAUGAAGGAUGGAGCCAAGCUUAUCAGCACAGACCAGAUGUUCAUUUCACAUGGGGAGGACCACUGGGAGACAUUUCACAGUGUGAAGUCGGUCCAACAGCAGGACGCUGGUCAGUACUGGUGUGAGGUGGAAUUUGAGGGGUUGACGUUGUCGUCGGAACGAGCCUGGAUCACGGUGGAAGGUGUCCCUCACUUUCUCCUGGAGCCGCAGGACGUGGCCACGUUUCCAAACAAGCCCUUUGAAUUGAUGUGUGCCGCAGUUGGACCACCAGAACCUGUUGAGGUGCUGUGGUGGGUGGGUGGACUCCAGGAGGGAGAGUCCCGCCCAUCUCCCUCUGUUCUCCACAUUGAAGGAGUGAACAGCAGUGUUAAGUUUUACUGUGAAGCCAGGAAUGACAGAGGGAUCUCUGUGUCCAGAACUGGAACGGUUUACAUUAAAGUGCUGCCAGCGGCCCCUGUGGAAUUGCAGGUUCUGAAGAUAGUGGACAAUAAUGUCACGCUGUCGUGGAAACCAGGAUUCAUUGGUCAUUCAGAGCUAUCGUUCUGUACUGCCCAGGUGAUGAUGUUGAAAUGGAGCUCCACCCCAAUACGUGUUCCUGUUCAGAAGGUCAUGGUUCCUCCUCACCAGCUCCUCCUUUCAGGUUUAAGGAGUCACUGCAAUUACAGUGUCCGAGUGUCGUGUGUGAACGAGGUUGGGGCGUCUCCCUUCAGCCCCUGGCUCCAGUUUGUAACACCUGAGUCAGUUCCCUUAGCCGCCCCCAGGAACCUGACGUUUGACCUGUCAGAGCAGCAGCUGUGUCUGAACUGGGAACAGCUUCAAAAGGAGGAGCUUCAGGGGGAACUGCUAGCGUACAAGCUGCAGUGGAUUUUGGGAGGUGAAGCUCAGGAGCCUCUGCUCUUCAAGCACAACCGGGCGCAGCUGUCUGGAGCUGGACGUUUUUUUAACGCCUCUUUUCAGGUGUCGGGCUGCACCUCCGUGGGUUGUGGCCCCUGGAGUUCCCCUGUUCUGGUGCUGCCUGCCUCAGUCCAGGUUCAGGUCCAGAGGAGCCACAUGUGGGUUGGCGUUCUCCUCGGUCUGCUUGUGGCCACCAUUAUUGCUUUGCUACUCAAUAUUGCUGCUAGACGGCGUGGAAAAGAAAUGCAGUUUGGCUGGUUCUUCCAGUCUCCAGGUCCAGACCCGUCUGUCUCCUUCACUGCAGCUCGUUCAUUUACCAGAGCUCAGACAGAGACACAGGAGUUCACACUUGACAGCCUUGGUAUUAACAAUGACCUAAAGAACAAACUGCAGGAUGUCCUGAUCCCAGAGAAAAUGAUCACACUGGGACACAUGCUUGGAAAGGGUGAGUUUGGUUCAGUGCGAGAAGCCAUCCUGAAAACCGACGACACUGACAUCCAGAAAGUGGCCGUAAAAGUCCUGAAAUCUGAUGUCACCUCAUCUGCUGACAUUGAGCAGUGUCUAAAGGAAGCAGCUUACAUGAAGGACUUCAACCAUCCUAAUGUCAUUCAGCUGAUUGGAGUGAGUCUUCACCAGCGUCCUGGUCAGCGGCUGCCAAUCCCAAUGGUUUCACGACUGGGGGAGGAGCCAUUUGACCUUCCUCUUCAAACUCUUGUUCAGUUCAUGCUGGACAUUGCUCGAGGAAUGGACUAUUUGAGCAACAGAAACAUCAUCCACAGAGACCUGGCUGCUCGAAACUGCAUGCUGGGUGAGAACAUGCGUGUGUGUGUUGCUGACUUUGGGCUGUCAAAGAAAAUCUACAGUGGAGAUUAUUACAGACAAGGCUCUGCCUCCAAACUUCCUGUCAAGUGGAUCGCUCUGGAGAGUUUGGCUGACAAUGUCUACACGACACAAAGCGAUGUGUGGGCGUUUGGAGUCACCAUGUGGGAAAUUGUCACCCGAGGUCAGACUCCGUAUCCUGGUGUAGAAAACUCUGAGAUUUAUGAGUUUUUAAUUAAAGGAGAGCGACUAAAGAAACCUCUGGACUGCAGAGAUGAUAUUUAUGAAAUCAUGCACAGCUGCUGGAGUCCCAUCCCCAAGUGUCGCCCCAGUUUCAAUGGCCUGGUCAUCCAGCUAGACAGGCUAUUGUUUAGCCUAGCCCCUCCUCCUACACAGAGAGCACCUUUGCUGUACAUCAACCUGGAAGGGGAGAAUGGAGCAUCCAGCUGUAGUGUCCCCUGGCAGCGGCAGGGAGCAGACGGUCAGAGGGACUGGCUGAUAUCUGGUGCAGAGCUUGCGAUUGGAGGGGACUACAGGUACACUACUGGCCCCUGUGGAGGCCCUGAAGAGGAUGAGCAGCUAGUGAGGGAUGAAGAUGAAGACGAUGUUGUCAUUAAUGUUUAAGAGUAAAUAUAGUUGUGUUCUUCCUACUGUGACAUUCGUAAGGCUACAGUAAGGUGGAGACAGGUGUCUAAGACUAACACGUUACAUUUCCUGACUCAGCUCUACAUUUCUCACCAAGAUAAAAACUAAGGUCACAUUUGGAAAAAAACCCAAUGUGACGUCAUCACAUCUUUGUUUACAUUAACGCCAUGGUUACUCAGUAUUAUGACCCUUUUGGACCAAAUCAAGCCAGAAAAGGCUCGAUUCAGGUCACUGGAACCUGGAAUUGUGUGAAAAUUAUUUUUAAAAACAUUCCGUUGCACCUACAAGCUCCACCUACUUCCAAGUCAGGGCAUUAUUGUCAUCAUCCGGUGGAUAAAGCACUGAAAAGCAACAAGACUUUGGAAACAGGUUGGAAACGUAUUAAACUUUAUUGAGAAGAUUAAAAAAAGGUAUUUAAUAAGGAAACAAAACAGUAUAAGGUCACAUGACUGUUAUGCUGCUCAACACUGGUUCACUAUCACUAACAUCCAUAUAAAUCUAUACAUUGAUCAGGAGUAAUCACUGACUUAGUAUAUUAAAUACUUUUACCUCACAGCAGAUAUAUUGCUGAUUUGUCAGUUUCUGGGAUCAUUUUUUAAACAUACUACUUAUGCCUUUAGGUUAGGUUUUAAAAAAAACUUGGUGGUCUACAUGCUGGACUAAAGUGGACUAAAAGGAAGGAUGCUGGACAAAAAUGUACUUCCAUGUGGACUGUUGAGUGGGAUAAACCGAACAGAUAUGGACUCAACUGAUGUGGUGUAUUUAAACAAAUGUGACUGCAAACGGACUGCACUGACCAGUUUUGUUAACAUAUCAUUGACAACAAAUGUGUCUUAUCUAUAAUCAGGAGAUUUUUAAAAGUACUUUUUAACUGAAGAAUAAAACCCUUUACUAUAAACUGACUUGAUACCUACAACAUCCAGCAUGAUGGGAAAUCAAGGGACAGUGUUGUAAUGAUGUGAAAAAUGUCUGUCUUUGUCUUGUCUGUCUUUGUCCAUCGCUGUGUACUAAAUAAUAAACUUGUGUUCCAUUCA